CAGCCGCUUACACUUUAUCUACUGAUUAUGUGAGCGACACGGGGCAGAGCGGCCGUCGACAUGUGGCUCCUGGGCCGGUACCUGAGACUCGGGUCCCCUCGGAUCUGCUCUGGGGUCUGCUCCUUAGUCCCACCCUCCUGCUCCCCGCACAGCACGGCGGCCCCCCGGGCACAGGGGCCCCUCACUUUCUCCGAUGGCGGAGUCUUUAAACUGAAGAGCAACUGGGAAGUGGCCCGCGGGCUCCUCAUAUUUAGGGUGUGCUCAUUCCCGAGUCUGGUCAGGCACUCAGAGAAGAUGAUGGCUGUCUCUCGUCGCCUCCUGGGUCGCCGUCUCUUUGAGUGGGGCAUGAAGGGCUCGGUAUAUGGGCAGUUUGUAGCUGGAGAGACACUUCCAGAGAUCCGAGAGUGCGUAGAGCGACUGAGACAGUUAGGCAUCCGCCCCAUGUUGGCCGUGCCCAUCGAGGAAGAUCUGGGCCAAGCCAAAAGCGGAGAGCGCUGGUACCAGCAGAAUGAGACAGUCAUGUUGGACUGCGUGGAUCUCUCGGCCGCUGGGGGAGACCGACCCAUGAUGCAACUGAAAAUAACUGCUCUCAUGAGCGCUGACCUGUGUAAGUUGCUGUCUGUGCAUCUGUCCCACCCGACCCACCGGCCCCAACUGUGUCCCACGAGGCUCGUGUCUAUCAUGGAGGGAGAGGAAUCCGCGUUUCCCUUCCUGUCGGAGGCGGAGAACACUCACUUGCGGAACUCGUUGCGCAGACUCAGCCGCAUCGCCAAGCAUGCAACAGCCAAUAGGGUACGAGUCCUGGUGGAUGCAGAAUACACCUACAUGAACCCCGCCCUCAGCUUGGUUACCAUGGCAAUGAUGGCCCAGUGCAACCAAUCAGAGCCUUGGAUCUGGAAUACCUACCAGUGUUACCUGAAGGACUCCUUCUCCCUCCUCUCCCUGGAUCUGGGCAGAGCUGAGAGCCUGGGCCUGUGCUUUGGGGUGAAGUUGGUGCGCGGCGCCUACAUGGACAAAGAGCGCAAAUUGGCCCAACAGAAGGGUUACCCCGACCCCAUCCAGCAGGACUGGGAAGCGACCAAUCAAAGUUACCAGCGCUCCCUGGAUAAGAUGCUGGACUUGAUAGGCCAGAACGGGCAGCGGUACAACCUGAUCGUAGCCAGUCACAACGAGGAGUCGGUUCUGCACGCAGUCGCCAGGAUGGCAGAACUUGGCAUCGAGAGGGGCAGCGGGAGUGUGAGCUUCGGGCAGUUGCUGGGCAUGUGUGACCAUGUGUCCCUGACGCUGGGCCAGGCCGGCUUCCUCGUCUACAAGUCUCUCCCCUAUGGGAGCGUCAAUUCCGUCCUCCCCUACUUGAUCCGACGGGCCCAGGAGAACCAGAGCGUCCUGCAGGGGAUCCGUAAGGAGAGGGACCUUCUACGCUGGGAGCUGAAGAGACGGCUGUUCAGGCAGCGCUAAAUCGGUGAAUGAGACCUACGCCGGGGACCAGAGACACCCAGAGAUGGCGGAGAGACUGCCAACUGGGAGUAACUGGGGCUCCGGGGACCAGAGACACCCAGAGAUGGCGGAGAGACUGCCAACUGGGAGUAACUGGGGCUUUAAUGAUACAGAAUCCCAAGACUGACCCACAAACACUCAUGUCUCUUAUGUGACCCCCAUAUUUAACUCUCGGCCCCGAGACACCCACCCAAGCUCUGAGCCAAUCAGCAUGUAGAGUAUAUAGAGGCCCUUACUGUGUAUUAAUAGUUCCAGGCUGAAGUGUUGGGAACUGCGGUGCCCAAAUAAAUGUGGUGCAAAAUGGCGGUA